UACCAUGAUACUCGGGCACGUAGGUAUAAUCAUGACUAUACUCAAGGUGCGACAAUAAUAAAUCAUAGUGCAGUUAAUCGUGCUAAUUCUUAUAUUACUCCAAUAAAUGUGCGAAAGAAUGAAUUGAAAAGAUUAAAUAAGUGAUCAUUAUUGCAUCGUCCCAGGCCUGGAAACAUGUAUCCUAGCGGUAGCUCUGUAUGAUACUCGUAAAUAUUGAUGUGCCGUAUUUUUUACUUCCUUAAUUAUCGUGAACCACGAAUGGCGAGAGAUAAAAUUUCAAUAAAACCCAAGGUGAUUAAUACGCAAUGCUCAUUUGUAUAUUAUCUAGAGGAAAUUAUUUGAAAUUCUUGCGCGAUUGCAGUCUGUGCGUGUAGAUAGUAACGUAUAUGUACUGCAUUUGUUGCGAAAUCAGUCGGCGAUAAUAUUAUUUACACAAUUAGGAUACUAUAAUGUUUACAUGAUAAUAAGACUACAAAAAUUCCUGGAAUUAUAUAGUGAUCCGGUUAACCAAAAAGUAAAAGCAAGUUAAAGAUAAUUAAUCGUGCGCAUGCAGUGUUGUGUGUAGAUGCGAAUGUUCUAAAAAGGUUCUUCAUCGCUAAUCGUGAAAAAAAAAACGUAGUGCAAAUAGUUUAAAUUAUAGGCACCGGUUGAUUUAACUUCGUGCCCACGUCGUGCAUUACAUGCCUUGGGCGACGUCCACCUAUAUGAUGAAAUUACAGCUGUUAGUUAUCGAAACAGACUACUGCUGGAGGAAAGCUCUGCUUAGGAUGGUAUUGGACCCAAAAGCAACAAGCUUACACAGUGAUUACGGAAGUUUUGAUCGUCCGUUGGGAGGAGUUGAGGGACACGAAAGAGACGUAGAGGCAGCGGUGGAUGGAAGUAGUAGUGGAAUGGCACAGUCAAGCGACGUUUAUCAGCGGCAACCUCUUCUUCCUGGUGCACCGAGUAAGAACAAGGACAAAGGGUGGGGUGGCGUCAGCAGCAGCUCUGAAUACUACGACGAUGACGAAGAUGACAAGAUCGAUGGGCUCGGACAUAUAAGGCAUCCGAAUGUACCAAAUGGGUCUGGGAGCGAUAUAGUUAAACUUGACAUACCUGCGCCACUAAGAGAAGAACCUCGGUUCCCUAAAGAGAAAUGGAAAACUCUUCUUGCAUUCUUUUUCAUGGUCGUCAAUUUUAUACUUACCACCGCAUCUCUUGCCAUGGUUCACGAACGUGUACCGGACCGUGCAACGUACGGUCCUCUUCCUGACGUAGUAUUGGACAACCUAGUUUCUCAAGAUUGGGCGCUCAACGUUUCGGAAAUUCUAAUUAUGAUCGUCUCAAACUCUGCGACGGUUUUUAUUAUUUUUCACAAGCACAGAUUCAUAGUCUUCAGACGGAUAUUUUUACUUAUGGGCUUGCUCUACAUGAUGCGGAGCGUUACGAUGUAUGUAACAGUUCUGCCAGUUGCUAGCAAGACCUACUAUUGUAGUCCCAAAGCGAACAACUCCAGUCCGUUAGUUAUAACUAAGAGGGUACUGCAGCUUAUCUCUGGGUUUGGAUUGUCCAUCAAUGGAAAGCACACGUACUGCGGAGAUUACAUCUACAGUGGACAUACAGUUGUUCUUGUUCUCAGCUCCCUUAUCAUAAAGGAAUAUUCUCCAAGACGAUGUCAGCCGAUCCACUGGUUAGCAGGACUGAUGUCACUCGUUGGCAUAAUAAUGGUUUUGAUUGCCCAUGGCCAUUACACUGUCGAUGUUCUCAUAGCCUAUUACGUUACCACACGUUUGUGGUACAUUUACCACACAUUGGCCAACAACCCCUACCUAAAGCAACAUGGACCCAACAACUUUUUGGCUCGUUUAUGGUGGUUUCCAAUGUUUAAAUACUUUGAAAAAAACGUUGGCGGCACUGUGCCGAGGCAGUACGAUUGGCCUCUUCCGUGGCCUAGGAGAUUUCUUGCCAAGCAUCCAAACCGAGACAGUUAAUAUCUACCUGAGUAUUCAGAGGCGAUAACCGUGGCAUUGGCGUGAUAUAUUUACUUUAUAUGUACAUACAUAUAUACGUGGGUACAUUAGGUGUAUUAAAUGUCUCUGGUAAUGAAUGGUGUGUAUAAUAAUUAAUAUUAAAUGUAUGUAAAAACAUUUCGUAUCGUAAAAAAAAUUGCGUGUGAAAGAUUUACUUGGCGCAAAGUGAAUCGUCGCUUUUUUUACUUUGCCGAAAAUAUUCACCGGUGUUAUCGAUUGUUGAUUUAUGCUUGUGAAAACUAUCUCAGUCCUGUUAAUCGCCAUGUGUUGUCAUUUAUUUAAGUUAGAGUCUGCUAUUGCGUUUUUUUUUAAACUUUUAUUCUAUGGUCGUGUUUGUUUUAAUUAGUCAUAUUACUUUAGCGCAAGUUAAUUUUCCUUAGAUGUCAUUUUUCUUCGCUUUUUCAAUUUUUUUCGUGGUUAUUUAAAGUAUCUGCAAACCGUUACGCUCUUGAGAAUUGAUAGGAAAGUAUUAUCUGUUUAUUUACAAGGAUCUGUUGGAGAUAAUUUCAAUUCUUGGAACGAGUCACAAAAUGCUCUAAUACCCUGUGUAUCUGUGUAUAAAGCGAAGUUCGUAGUAUACCACAUAUACAUAUAUAUAUAUAUUUAAACAAUAUAUUUAAAAAAUCCUUCCAUGCUGUAAAAAAACGAUUAUACGCCGUUGACUUAUUCAGCAAUCGCAAAUGCUUCGAUGAUUCUAGUAUAAGUAUAUUUUAAGUGUGAAAUGCAUUCACGCAGUCGGACGUUACCGAUUUUGUGCGUUGAAGAUACUGAUGUAAACAUAAUUUUAUAAAACAGCCCUGUUAACGAGUUAAUUUUAUUCUUGGUACUGUUUUAUGUGUAGUGUUUGAAUAUGUCUAAAAAGAUUUACAUGAAAAAAAAAGGGAAAUUAUUGCCCGUAUAGGCAAAAUUCUUUGUAUACAUAAGUAUCGUUCUAUUAGCCAUCACAAAAAUUUGAGUUAAAACAAAAAGAAGACAAAUCAAAUUUUGCGCAUACUCAUAGUUUGUGAUAUUCAUGAUUAAAUUUAAUGCACAUGUAUGUCGUAUAAGAAACAUGACUGCAAUUUUACGCCUAGAGGCUACUACGAAUUGUCCAAAAGAAAAUCAUUUUCCAACUCCUAUCUUAUUGUUAACUAAACUAUGCGACAAGUAUAGAGUAUGUAUACGUAUAUAUUAGUUUUGAUUUUGUUGGAGAUUUGAUAUAAAAGAAAGUGGCAGAAAAAGAAAAAACAUGCAUAUACGCGUUCAUGCAAUUAAAUGAAAUACUACUUCUCAGUUCUUCGAUAGCUUUCCAAAAACAAAGAUAAAAAAAUUAAUUUUAAGAAAAUUUGUAUCAUGACACAAAAAUAAAACACUUGGACUUCUCCGGGAUACGAAUAACUGAAAUAAAAAGAAAAUUGACGCCUGUCAUGCGAUCCUGGAAGGUUGAGAGCUUAUUAUUAUUUUCUUAAGCGCUGUAACCAGUUGUCAGAAUGUAUAGCCAAGCGAUAAUUAUAUGAUUAUUGAUUCUCAUUAUUACUGUACGUUAUAGACAAACGAAAAAAAAAGCUCAGCUUUUGAACGGUGAUCCAAAUUUCAUCAAGCUCCUUUGACAGAAAAUGUAUUGUUUAAAUUCGGUCGAGCAUGUGUGGUGUGCGUAACUUUCUAUUAAUUCUCUUAGUCAAUUAAUUAAUUACUUAAUUAACGCAACCCGUGAUAUCAUUUCAUCGAUUGAUGAUCAAUUGUCAGGACAAUCUUUCAUUCGUAUCGUGAAUUCUCUACACUUUGCAAAUGAUCUUUUUUCUUUUUAUGGUUGUUUUUGUAUUGUUCUUAAUAUGGUGAGAUUUAACCGUUGUUAUUAUACUCACCAUUGCGUUAUUCAGUAUAUUCUGAAAACAGAUUACUAUAACAAAUGAAUUGUUAUCGGUAUAAUGAAAAUCAGUAAUAGUGUUAAUAGAUGAUCAGAUUUGAAAGAAACGUACCUGUGAACUUAAAAAUAUGGGUCUAAUAUUACUUGAUUUUGUUAGUAGAUUUUUAUAUAGGAAAUUCUUCGAAUAAUUUGCUUGAUAUGUUUUCCACUCGGUGUUUUUGCCGCUUAACAUACAUACCUACAAUAUGAGCUUAAUGAGUUAUCGCGUGUUUUCCGCAGCUAUAAAUAUCUAUCCUUGUUCAAUGAUUUUGCCUUACGAUUUCUCUUUUUUCUUUUAUAGUUUUAGCUUACGGAUAUACAGGUUUGAAUUUGUAAGAAAAAGAAACUGUAAGUUGAUCCUUACGUUGAAGCCUUUCAUUAGCUGCCGCUGUCUAUUUGUAGUACUACACUGUAUAUGUAAAUUACCAGUGAAGAUCUGAAUGUUCAAACGAGUAAACACAUUGAACAUGAAUAAAACAAAGUUUUCUGCGCAUUAGGAGUGUUAUGAAUGUAUAUACACAGUUUAAAAUGAGACCUUUUUGAAUUAGUAAAGGGUCGUGAAUUUUUGUGUUUCAAAAGUAAUUUUUUUUGGAAAGAACGAAUGGAGAAAGAUAAAAAGUUAUGUACUGUAUAAAGAUUGUGAGAAAUAAAAAUGAUAUUAUACAACUAUAUUCAAAAUACUAGAAUACUAAAUUUGGAUGUGUCCACGUGGAAACAUGAGUCGACAAUAAAUCUGUCUUUGGAAUUUUUGUCAAUUUGUGUAUUGUACAACAUUUUGAUACAUCGACGAUUUAAGGUCUAUGAAUUAUUCUUUUUUUGUCGGUUUAUAGAGUUUGCGAUUUUCUGCAAAUUAUUUGGUGCAAUAUUUCUCUGCAAUUUCCUGGAUAAUUGGAUAUCUUUUUAAGCCAAACACUAGCUCUAACUAUCAUAGGUUAUUUAAACGAUGUUCUUGAAAGCAGCUAUCAUUGACUUUCUGAUAUUUUUAACUAUCAACUUCCGUAUUUUUAUUAAUAUGUAUUGCUUUGAAUUUUUAGCAAUUAUCAUUAUGUAAUGAUUUUGCUAUAAUAACGAAGCUUUCGUCAGCUUACAUUUUCACGGGGACACUCCGACAAAUCAUAGAUUUAUAUUUUUUCAUGCAGAUAUUUGUUGGAUAAAACGUUAACAUGUAAUUUUAUUACUAUUAGACCAGAAAAACAACCGUAUCCAAUGUAAAUAGUGAAUAUAGGUAUCGAUAUACACACACAAAAAUAUGGUAUACAUGUAUAAUAGUAUACAUAUAUGUAUAUACAAAUGUGAAUAUAAUAAUACACAUAAAAGCAUGGAAGUUUUUCCGAAUGAUUCGCUUUAA